GCCGCAACACGCGCUCACUUUCAUUCCCGGUCCGCCAGCGGUAGCAGCACGCCGCGUGCGUCCCGAGUAUACACGGUGUCGUCGUGAUAAUAAUAUUUUGUAGUUUAACUCUGAUAUUAUUUUUGUUGUGCGAAUGUACGGUAUUUUUUAAAUUUUUUGAAAAUAAAAAAUUUUUUAACCGCACAUCCACAUCUCGAAAUCCGUGUGUGCAUUUAUGUGGUAGCGUGCCGGCUCGUUAGUGCGUGAUCGCGAUGGUACUUAAAAUUAUUUUUUAAAAUCCGUCGUCGUCGUCUAUCUAUUACAGGAGGUGUUAUUAUUUUUGUAGUCGAACGCAUAUUGUUUUUCAUCUCCGUCUUUAAUACUGUAAAAAAUCAGACUAUGCAAUUGUCUCAAGUGGUCACAAGUUCGGGUGUGCUCAUGCACGUGUAUAGCAAUCACCAUCACGAGGGAGCCCGACAACAGGCUGCCAACACCGGUGAUUUUCGCGUUCCUCAAUCGCCCGGCGUCGUGUCUUCGUCGACCGGUGGAUCUGGUUCACCUGCUGUAUCCGUCAUGCGUCCACCGGCCGCUCCGGGCCCACGGUGUCCCGUCACCGGCAAAUCGCCGGUAGGACCACAGGUCGUAGCUCAAACGCCGACCACCGUGGCCACCAACUUGACGACCGUAGCUUCGGCUCCGGCCGCAGUCGUGAAAUCGGAAUACAUUCGCGGACCACCGCCCUCAAUGACUCUUGGCCACAUCAACAAUGGUGGUGGUAUGCUGUCGUCCGAAGAACCCACGAGCUCAAUACCGGACUUGGAAUUCGACGGAAACACCGUACUGUGUCGAGUAUGCGGUGACAGAGCUUCCGGUUUCCAUUACGGCGUACACUCUUGUGAAGGAUGCAAAGGUUUCUUCAGACGUAGCAUUCAGCAAAAGAUCCAAUACCGACCAUGCACCAAGAACCAGCAGUGCAACAUCCUGAGAAUCAACAGGAACCGGUGCCAAUACUGCAGGCUCCGAAAAUGCAUCAGCGUCGGCAUGAGUCGUGACGCCGUGCGAUUUGGUCGCGUACCCAAAAGAGAAAAAGCCCGCAUUCUGGCCGCCAUGCAACAAAGUAGCAACUCAAAGUGCCAGGAAAAAGCCGCUGUAGCGGAACUCGAAGACGACCAGAGACUCAUAGCCAGUGUGGUCAGAGCUCAUUUAGAAACAUGCGACUUUACGUCGGACAAAGUAGCGCCUACUCUUGCUAGAGCUCGAGAACAGCCUAACUAUACCCUGUGCCAUCCAACACUGGCCUGCCCGUUGAACCCAAGCCCACAACCUGUGACCGGACAACAAGAACUGUUGAACGACUUUUCGAAGCGAUUUUCGCCAGCAAUCCGCGGCGUGGUCGAGUUCGCUAAGCGCAUUCCCGGUUUCGGUCUGCUGGCUCAAGACGACCAGGUCACCUUGCUCAAAGCUGGUGUUUUUGAAGUUUUACUCGUCCGCCUCGCCUGCAUGUUUGACUCGGAGUGCAACAGCAUGGUAACGCUCAAUGGCCAAGUUUUACGCAGGGAAUCUGUAUGCGCGUACUCAAACGCCAGAUUCCUGACUGAUUCUAUGUUCGAAUUCGCUGAAAGGCUCAACGCCAUGCAACUAAACGAUUCUGAAAUAGGGCUGUUCAACGCUGUUAUAGUGAUCGCUGCUGAUCGCCCUGGUCUUCGUAAUGUAGAAUUUAUCGAACGUAUGCAAAAUAAAUUAAAAUGCGCACUACAAUCAGUACUCGUGCAAAACCAUCCUGACAGACCUGGUAUGUGUCAAGAACUGUUGAAGAAGAUUCCAGAUUUGAGAACGCUCAAUACUCUUCACUCAGAAAAACUGUUGGCGUUCAAAAUGACCGAACAACAGAAUCAAAUGGAACAGCAGGAGAAUCACAACCGGCAUUCGGUAUGGGGAAUGAUGAUGAACGGUGAUGAUUUGAACCGUAAAAGUCCAGAAGAAGCUGGUUCAUCGUCAUGGUCGGAUGAGACCAAUAUGGAGGACAUCAAAAACGUGGCCUUACUGGACGACGUUAAAAGUCCGUUGGGCUCGGUGUCCAGUACUGAAUCGGUAUGCUCCGAAGAGUACAACAACCACCAUCACCUCAACCAUCACGGGCCAAGCAAACACGCCGCUAGCGCACCUCUUUUGGCCGCCACAUUGGCCGGAGCCGUUUGCCCUAUCAGACACCACGCAACCGCUCCAUCUGACGAUCACUUGCAUCAAGUCAUCGUCCGGCCCAUGUCAUGUCGGUACCAGCGUAAACAAGAUUCGCCCACCGAUUCUGGUAUUGAAUCCGGCACGGAAAAAUUGGAUAAACAAACGCCACACAGCGCACCCACUUCUGUGUGCUCGAGUCCCAGAUCGACUGCUGAAGACGUUUCCGCCGAAUCGCACCCGACCAUCGAAGACAUGCCCGUACUCAAGCGUGUGCUCCAAGCGCCUCCUCUGUACGAUACCAACUCGUUAAUGGAUGAAGCGUACAAGCCGCACAAAAAGUUCAGGGCGUUGCGCAGUGUCAAGGACUCUGCCGAAGCGGAAGCCGUGAAACCCGUAGCAGUCCGUUCGCCACAGCUUCACCAUCACCUCACCUCAUCGCUCUCGAGUACACACUCGACAUUAGCCAAGUCGUUACGCGAGAGCCCAAAAAUGACAGCGGAACAAAUCAAACGCACCGAAGUGAUCCAUAACUUCAUUAUGCGCGAAGACGCAUACCAACAAUCGCCACAGACGAACAGGUGGCAGCACACGCCCGUCAUCACGUCCGCCAUGGCGCAGAACAGACUGUCCCCGCCGUACACCGGCGCGAUGGCCGCGUCGCCCGUGUUGGCCCGCGUUCUCUCGCCAUCCCUGUCGAGAUCUCCGCCACCGGCGUCCCAUUCGCCGAUGUUGCGACGCACUCCGUCACCCAACGUAGUCAACCUCCAGGUGGGCAUUACCAACGCAGCAGCGUCUUCCGCGCAACCGUUGAACCUGUCGAAAAAGCUAUCCCCGUCGCCGCCAGCGUCUGCAGCAGGGUCUCCCCCGCCAGCGGUACCCGCCCAAGUGGCUAUGGAAGCCUAAACAGCCGUCGACAUUGAUGGACCACCGCCGCAUCGACUAGAUCUCACGAGAGUCACUCUCUAGACCAAAACAUAUAUAAAAAAAAAAAACUGGACAAAAUCAACAGGUGCGGUGAUCGUUUUCCUAUUUUAUUUUUAUUUUUUGUUUUUAAUUUCGUGGCAAUAUAAUAAUAAUAAUAAUAAUAAUAAUAUUUACGACUCGUGUGUGUUUGUACAUAUAGUGAUUAUAUUAAUUAUUAUUUAAAUUAGGAUAACGUAACUAGUUUUAUAUUUUUUUCUUUUUCUUCCUAUCAGCUGACCUCUCUAUAUAUUUUAUCUCACUCUCUCUCUCUUUUUGUCUCUAUUUCUUUUCGGCAUUACAUUAAUUUUAUACAAAGAAAAUAUCACGAGAUGAAUAUUUACGACCCUUUUUAAAGCCCAAAUAUAGAUUAGUUGAAAUUACCUCAACUUAAUAAAUAUUUAAUUAUCGGAUAUUUUUUUAAAUUUUUCUUUUUUUUUUUUUUUGUGAUAUAUAUAUUUAAGAGAAACGCAUUUGAUAUUUAUCUAUAUUAUUAUAUAAUAAAAUGUUAUAACUUCUAUUGAAUUGUAUAAGUUGGAAAAAUAAAUCGAUUUUGUUUUCAUCAUAAUAAUUGACAUUAGUAAUGAUUAUUAUUAUAUAAAUACAUAUAUAUUCAGGUGUAGAUUUAACGCGGUGCGAACCAAAUUGACGUUUUCCUUUUUAAUCAUUAACUAUUUAAAAAAUUAUACAUAAAUAAAAAAUUGAUAUUAAUGAUAAUAUUAUGUAGUGACCUCUUUAUAUUUUUGUUUUUAAUAAUUGUAAAUAUUGUUUUUAAGUUUUGCUUAACGGCAAAAAUGAUGAAAAAACUAAAUUAAUUAUUAUUAUUAUAUAUAAAUGUUUUCGAAAUAAAUUUUUGAGACUGAGGGAAGUGUCAAGCCAUUUUUAUUUUAUUUUACGUGAACACAAGUUCUCUGCUUUCGGCCGCCCAGUGCCGAAAGAAGAGGACGUUUUACCUAUUCGCCAUAUGCA